AAAUUAUGUUAUGUCAAAAACUUGACGUUUCAUCAUUGGUAAAUGACGAAUAAGUUUCGUUUUGAACUUUAAUUAUAAUAUAUAUAUAUAAGAGAAUGAUUCGGAAACUUUAGUUAGUCGAAUAUAUUGCCAGUUCGAGUCAAGACUUCUUAAACAAUUUACAAUGGAAUUUCCGCAUAUUGGGAAGAAUUGUUCAUAUAAAUCUUGCAACAAAUUGGAUUUCCUGCCAAUGAAAUGUGGCGCUUGCAAGGAGAUAUUCUGCUCUGAACACUUUGGAUAUGUUAAACAUGAGUGUCCGGAGCCGAAUACACGGGAUGUUCAGGUGCCUGAUUGUCCGCUAUGUGGUGCACCAGUGCCUGGCCGACGUGGAGAGCCUCCAGAUGUUGCAGUCGGAGCUCAUAUAGACAACCAGUGCACUUCUGAUCCUGCUAAAGAAAGACGGAAAAAGGUAUUUACAAACAAAUGUUCAUAUAAAGGAUGUAAAACAAAAGAAAUGGUACCUCUUGUGUGCAGCGAGUGUUCACUUAACUACUGCUUAAGGCAUAGACACAUCUCUGACCAUGCUUGUGAAGGGAAAUUGGCUGCUAAGAGAAGACAGGCUGCUGAAGCUGCAAUGGCAAGAAUGAAGGCAAAUAAUGUAAACUUAAAUCGAAACACUCCUCGGCCCGCUGCAGUCCCAGUCACAGCAUUUGCGGAAAUACAAGGAAACAUGACUGAAGACGAAGCUUUAGCCCACGCUUUAGCGAUGUCAAUGCGAGAUCAAAAUGAUGAUAUACAAACGAGGGACACGAAUUUUGCGCGUGCGCUGCUGCGGCAAAGAGUAGGCGGCGAACAGAACUCACGUUGUUCCGUCUCUUAGCAUAUACAACGCGACCACAAUAACAUGACAAGUGUGAAACAUCUGUUCCAUGUGAAGUUUAACUAUAUUCAUUUGUGUUCAUUUUCAAAAAAAUAUUUGUAUAUUUUUUUGAAAAUAAAAAAAAUAUAUUUUUUUUAUUUUUCAGCACGACGACACCAAAGUUUUUUGGUAUAUUAAGAAUGUUUAACAUUACUAUCACGUUAUUGUGUUCACGAGUUAUAAAAAUGCCUUUUUUCCUAAGCUUUAUCACUUAAUUAUAACAAAGUUUAUUAUUAGAUAGCGUGUUUUUGAACGUACAAACAAUUGUCAUUGUAGAAAUGCGCUUUAUUUUUGUAAUAAUCUGUGUAACUUUGGUGCUUGUAAUGUCCAGUUCUAUUAUAAUAGCACAAAAGACUUAUUUUAACUGAAUUUGUCUUUAAAAUUAAUCCUAUUUACACUAUUCCAAUCCAGCGAUGAGAGUAAGCGCUGGAUUCCAACUGGAAUAAUGGGCACAUACAGUGCAAUUUUCCAUUAGCAAUCCAGUGCAAAUUUCGGUCGCUGGACUGGAAUAAUGUAGAUGGGCAUUAUUUAUAACAUUCCGAUUUUAAUACCUUUACUUUUUGUCUUUGCAACGUAAAUAUGUUUGCGAAUUUUUUUUCGAUAUGACAUACAGACACUAAUUUUAAUAUUUGUAUAGAUUUAGUUUAAAAAAGAACAAUUUAUUAAGGCUUUUGAUAAUUAGGUAUUUAAAAAGUAUUUAGCGUAAGACAUCACAUAGCUUGUGCAUAUUUUCAAUAU